CCACCGCCCCCCCCCCCCCCCCCACCCGUCGUCGACUCGGCCCGUUCCAUGGCCACCACCGCCUCCUCCUCCCCUCUCCCCUAGGCGAGGCGGCCGGGCACCCGAGGCUCUCAUCCGGGCGAGACCUCCGGACGGCCGCCAUGGCCACCGCUCCCGCCUCCUCCCUCCUCCACGUGCGCGCUCAAAUUCCCAGCGCCAGUCCUCUUCUCUUCGCGCGGCGCCUCCGCCUGCCGCGCAGCCGCCGCUCGGCUCCCUCCUCCCAGCAACGCCUCCGCCUCAUCCCGCGCGAGCUACCAGCGGGCACGCCCCGUGCCGCGGCCGACCCCUCCGCCUCGACCGCUGUCGAUGUGGCCCCCGCGGCGGAGGAGGGGGCCGGCGCGACCGUGCUGCUCGACGUCAGCGGCAUGAUGUGCGGCGGCUGCGCGGCGCGGGUGCGGUCGAUCCUCGCCGCGGACGCGCGGGUGGAGAGCGCGGCGGUCAACCUCCUCGCCGAGUCGGCCGCCGUGCGGCUGCGGUCGCCGGCGCCGGGCGCCGGGGAGGAGCUGGCGGAGAGGCUGACGGCGUGCGGGUUCCCGUCCGCGGAGCGGCGAGGGGGCGCGACCGCGGGGGCAGCGGAGAGCGCGCUCAAGUGGAGGGAGAUGGCCGCCCGGAAGUCGGAGCUCCUCACCCGGAGCCGUGGGCGCGUCGCCUUUGCGUGGACGCUCGUCGCGCUCUGCUGCGGCUCGCACGCGUCCCAUCUCCUCCACUCGAUCGGCAUCCACAUCGGCCAUGGAACAUUUUUGGAUGUGUUGCAUAACUCGUAUGUGAAAUGUGGCAUCGCUGUGGUGGCGCUGUUUGGGCCUGGAAGAGAUAUACUUUUCGAUGGUCUAAGAGCGUUCAAGCAAGGCUCCCCCAACAUGAAUUCUCUUGUAGGAUUCGGGUCUGCAGCUGCAUUUGCUAUUAGUGCAGUUUCCUUGCUGAACCCUGAAUUGGCAUGGAAUUCAACCUUCUUCGAUGAACCGGUCAUGCUUCUUGGAUUUGUACUUCUGGGACGAUCUCUCGAGGAAAGUGCUAGGCUUAAGGCAUCUAGCGAUAUGAAUGAGCUCAUUUCACUCUUGUCUCCUCAGUCGAGGCUAGUCGUUACGUCCUCAAGUGACGACCUUCCUUCAGAUGGCAUUUUGAAUUCGGAUGCAAUAACAGUUGAAGUUCCUGUCAAUGAUGUCCGUGUUGGAGACUCAGUAUUGGUUCUUCCAGGAGAAACUAUCCCUGUAGAUGGAAAUGUCACUGGAGGAUCAAGUUUUGUGGAUGAAUCAAUGCUUACUGGAGAAUCCUUGCCGGUAGCAAAAGAAAAAGGAUGCCCUGUAUUUUCUGGAACUGUUAAUUGGGAUGGACCUUUAAGGAUCAAAGCCACAACCACUGGACCGUCGUCAACAAUUGCUAAGAUAAUCCGCAUGGUUGAGGAUGCACAAGCACAUGAAGCUCCUGUACAAAGGCUCGCGGAUGCGAUUGCAGGGCCAUUUGUGUAUACUGUUAUGACAUUGUCUGCAGCAACCUUUUCUUUCUGGUACUUAUUGGGCACACACCUAUUUCCGGAGGUCCUUCUCAAUGAUAUUUCUGGUCCUGAUGGGGACUCAUUGCUUUUGAGCUUGAAGCUUGCUGUGGAUGUACUAGUUGUUUCCUGUCCGUGUGCACUUGGAUUAGCUACGCCUACAGCUAUCUUAAUAGGAACUUCCAUGGGCGCUAAAAGAGGGCUACUUAUUAGAGGAGGUGAUGUUUUGGAGCGUUUGGCUGGGAUAGAUGCAAUUGUUCUGGAUAAGACAGGGACGCUUACGAAAGGAAAACCAGUUGUUACUUCUAUUGCUUCUUUAGCAUAUGACGAGAUGGAGAUUCUUCGUCUUGCUGCUGCAGUGGAGAGAACAGCAUUGCAUCCUAUUGCGAAUGCUAUAACGAAGGAGGCUGAACUGUGCAAACUGGAUAUUCCAACGACAAGUGGGCAGCUUACACAGCCUGGCUUUGGCUGUUUAGCUGAAGUAGAUGGGCGUUUGGUUGCAGUGGGUAAUUUGGACUGGGUCCACGAUCGUUUUGAAACCAAGGCGUCACCGACUGAACUGAGUGAUCUUGGAAAGCGUCUAGAGUUUGUGCCUUCUAGUGAAGCAUCAUCUUCGAAUCAGUCAAAAUCAAUUGCUUAUAUUGGUCGUGAAGGAGAAGGAAUAAUAGGUGCUAUUGCUAUCUCAGAUGUUCUGCGUGAUGAUGCAAAAUCAACUGUGGACAGGCUACAGCAGGAAGGAAUUGCAACCUAUAUAUUGUCAGGAGACAGGAAAGAGGCAGUGGAAGGCAUUGGGGAAACUGUUGGAAUCAGGAGUGAAAACAGAAGGUCAUCCCUCACCCCACAGGAAAAGGCAGGCAUUAUAUCAACUUUGCAAGGGGAGGGGCAUAGAGUUGCCAUGGUUGGCGAUGGAAUAAACGAUGCACCAUCUUUAGCAGCUGCUGAUGUCGGAAUAGCUAUGCGGACUCACUCGAAAGAGAAUGCCGCCUCUGAUGCAGCUUCAGUGGUUCUAUUAGGGAACAGGCUUUCGCAGGUUGUAGAUGCCCUAUCCCUGUCUAAAGCAACCAUGGCAAAAGUGCACCAGAACUUGGCCUGGGCGGUGGCAUACAACAUAGUGGCCAUCCCCGUCGCGGCUGGAGCGCUACUGCCUCAAUUCGAUUUCGCCAUGACACCCUCUCUUUCAGGAGGACUGAUGGCCCUGAGCUCCAUCUUUGUCGUCAGCAAUUCUUUGCUCCUGCAGCUGCAUGGAUCGUUUCAGAAGGCGGAAAGACCCGGACCGGAUGACCUGAAGUCUAGACCGAAGUCUCAGAUAUUAUAGGGUAGAUACGAUUAUUUGCCGAGACACACGUUUGUACAGGAUCAUAGAGCGUGCCUCGACUGAACUGCUCCUAGUUUUGUACCACCGACCCAGCACAUACGAGUCGAUUCUUGCAACGGAUGUUGUACAGCCCAACACAUGCGUCCCUGAUAUGAACACACUGUUGGCAACACGUAACAAAAGAUCAUCGUCCAUGCA